GCGAGUGCAGGGGCGACGGUGUCGUUUCCGUCCCGGUAGCUGGGACAGGCGGGGCCGGCCCGGGAUCCCCGGGUCUCGCCCCGAGCUCGCGGCGCCGGGCGAGCGCAGCUGCYCCCGGUGCUGCCGUUCCUUGCGGCCGGUCCAGGCAGCGCCCCGGGUCGGAGGAGGGAAUGGGGGAAACGYGGGUUCCGACGGGACGGGCAUCUCCCCCCGACCACCUGAGAACGCUGUCACCGGCGAUGAUGGGGCGGAAAGUGCUUGCGGGGAGACCCUGCGGCGACCGGUGACAUGRCCGGGGGCAGCGGGAGCGGCACCGCGGACCCCAGCCCGGCUCGUACGGGCGGGUCAGCGGCAGCCCUGCCCUCCUGCUGUGGGGAUGGGCAGCGCCGCGUCCGGACAGGGCAGGGCUGGGAGCGCUUGGCGUGUUUUGGACUGGAAAAGCGGGGGUAAAGGGGUGGGGGCAGCUGGGAACACCGGGAAGGGGGAGGGCAGAAGCCGGUAACACAAGAGGAGGGCGGCUGAAGCAGGCCCUGUCCCGGGCGGUGCUGCUAGUGCAGCACUUCGUGGGAAGCAGCAGCAGCAGCGCCUGCCCUGCCGUAAAUCGAAGCCUGCCGUGUCUGAAGGGCAGACUGGGCCCUUCCCGGGCCCGGGGCCCGCGCUGGUUCUCCGCCGGUCCUGCUUUGGGUCAGCCCAGCCCCAUCGGGUUUAUCCCACAGCAGGUGCUCCGGAAGCCCUGGGGUGAGGGGAGGCAUCUGAUCCCAAGUCGGGCUGGGAGGUGCUCGGGCUGAGUUCCCGCGGGAUGGAGCUGAAGGGCUUCACUUGCUUGGAUGACCUGCUACAUGUCAAGGGCAUUACCACACGCAUCCUGGAGCUCAAUAGCCAGCGCAUGACGUGCCGGCGGCGCCCGGGCCCYGAAGGGCCUCCACAGACCAGCCCAAAUCCCCUGGGGGACAGGGAGGACCACAGGGCACCUGCAGCACAGGUGGUGGCCGAAGAGGAGGAAGAGGAGGAGGAGGAGGAGGAAGCUCCAGGGCCCUGGGAGCCAGAACGCCCCUGGAAGGGCACCCCCAGGUCUGGAGCAGACCCCAAUGGCUCCAGGGGACAGGGGCUACAGGAGCCCCCCAGGUCUACCAGGGAGCAGGAGGAAGAGGAAGAAGAAGAAGAGGAGGAGGAGGAAGAGGAGGAGGAGGAGGAAGAAGGGAGCUGUUGCAGUGAGGAAGGGGAAGACAGCAGCAACAUAUACCUGUACUACACCCUGGGAGAGCGCUGGAUCGACUACCUGCAACGCACUGGCGAAGGGGGGCUGCUGAGGCACCUGCGCCCCAAGAUGAAGCGGAAGUCAGAGAACGGGCCAGACGGCCGGGCCUUGUCUCCYGGGAAGAAGCUGUGCAAGGGCUCUGACUAUGGCAGGACGUUGGGUCCAUGCACACCCAGCCCCACCACCACCUUUGGGGACCUGCGCAACGCCAAGGUGGGACAGGCCCGGCGCCGCCGCAUCCCCUCAGUGGCCCCCCCRCCUGAGCUACAGGACUGGCUCCGCACCUUCCAGCGCUGGAGYGGCCCUGAGAAGCUGCUAGCCCUGGAUGAGCUCAUUGACCGCUGCGAGCCAGCGCAGAUCAAGUACAUGAUGCAGGUCAUCGAGCCGCAGUUCCAGCGGGACUUCAUCUCCUUGCUGCCCAAGGAGCUGGCCCUGUAUGUCUUGUCCUUCCUGGAGCCACGGGACCUGCUCCGUGCUGCCCAGACUUGCCGCUACUGGAGGGUCCUGGCCGAGGACAAUCUGCUCUGGAGGGAGAAGUGCCGUGAGGAAGGAAUUGAGGAGCCCCUACACCUUCGGAAGCGUCGYCUUCUCAGCCCUGGAUUCAUGUACAGCCCCUGGAAAUUUGCCUUCCUGCGCCAGCACCGCAUCGACAUGAACUGGCGCAGUGGGGAGUUGCGACCCCCCAAGGUACUGAAGGGCCAUGAUGACCACGUGAUCACCUGUCUGCAGUUCUGYGGGAAUCGCAUCGUAAGCGGCUCUGAUGACAACACACUCAAAGUGUGGUCAGCUGUCACGGGGGAGUGUGUGCAGACGCUGGUGGGCCACACUGGGGGGGUCUGGUCCUCCCAGAUGAGGGACAGCGUUGUCAUCAGUGGCUCCACUGACCGCACACUCAAGGUGUGGAACGCUGACAGCGGCGAGUGCGUGCACACUCUGUACGGACACACCUCUACCGUGCGUUGCAUGCACCUGCACGGCAACAGGGUGGUGAGUGGCUCCCGGGAUGCCACACUGCGGCUCUGGGACAUCGAGACGGGGCAGUGCCUGCACGUGCUGAUGGGGCAYGUGGCAGCCGUACGCUGUGUCCAGUAUGAUGGCAACAAGGUGGUCAGUGGUGCCUAUGACUACACGGUCAAGGUGUGGGACCCCGAGAGCGAAAGCUGCACCCAUACGCUGCAGGGGCACACCAACCGCGUKUACUCAUUGCAGUUCGACGGGACGCACAUCGUGAGCGGGUCCCUGGACACAUCAAUCCGCGUGUGGGAUGUGGAGAGUGGGAACUGUCUGCACACACUCAUGGGGCACCAGUCACUCACCAGUGGKAUGGAGCUGCGUGACAACAUCCUCGUUUCUGGCAACGCCGACUCCACUGUCAAGAUCUGGGACAUCAAGACGGGGCAGUGCUUGCAGACACUGCAGGGUCCCAGCAAGCAUCAGAGUGCUGUCACCUGCCUGCAGUUCAGCUCCAAGUUUGUGGUGACCAGCUCGGAUGACGGGACAGUGAAGUUGUGGGACCUGAAGACAGGAGAGUUUGUGCGGAACCUUGUGGCCCUKGAGAGUGGAGGCUCUGGGGGAGUGGUGUGGCGCAUCCGUGCCUCUAAYACAAAGCUGGUGUGCGCCGUGGGCAGCCGCAACGGCACGGAGGAGACCAAGCUGCUGGUGCUGGACUUUGAUGUGGACCUUAAGUGACCCCGGCCAGCUCAGGGGUCCCGCGGGAGGGGUGGCCCCGGCGCAGGCGCUGGCCCCCGCGGGCAGGACAGAGGGGGACGCCUGGCCAGGCCUUAUUUAUAUGCGCGGGAGUGCCUGGCCAGGCCUGCAGAAGCAUGUUUUGUACACAGAAUAUAUCAGUUUAUUUCUGUA